CAAAACAAGAAACUAAUAAGUACCAAAAAAUACAAAAUAUUUCAAAAAAGUAUUCAAAUACUGCAAGUAAUUUGUUCACUUUAAGUGAUUUGUGUGCAAAGACGUAAAUGAAAAUAAUGAAAAUUUGUCAAGAUUAUGCGUUAAACAGCAGUUAAAUUCAAAUCAGUGCUAAGCGCUUACUUAAACAAACCUCAAAACAGCUUCUAUAAUACUUAUAUAUUAAUAUAUACAAGUAACUUUACUAUCUUUCCACCAAAAAUCCAAAACCCUGUGUUGUCUUCAGUUCAUUCACCAAGUGCUUAGCUCAGCUUGCGAUCGAAAAUACCAAUUUCUGAAAGCCAUUCAAAAAAGAUAUUAAAAAUUUGAAACAGCAACAAUUAAAACGCUGUCGAACAACUCACGUGUGCGGUCGAAAUUAAGUAUCGGCGCUUUCCACCCGCCCAAGGUAGGCAACACCCACGCCAACUAGUAGCAAAACCAAAAACAAAGCACGCAUGCUAAACUAUACAUAACAUAUACAUAUGUAUAUACAAAUAUAGAUAUAUGUUAUAUAUAUAUUUAAUUAUAUAUACAUAUAUAUAUAAGCGGCAAGAAACUUUCGUUGCAGAGCAUCAUCCAUGAUCGUCGUCGCGUGGAAAAUCGCUAAUUGCAGUGCGAAAAGAAAAAUGACACAAAUUAUACGCUAAUUAAAAGUGCAGUCUACUACUACCAGAGAGCAACAGCAGCAGCAGUUAGUGUGUGUUGUGGCAUUGUUGUUGCAAUUAAAAAUUCGUUGUUGAAAGUAUCUAUUACUGCAUUUAAGUUGACAAGUGCGUGCUUUAGCAUGCAAUAAGAUAAGAUAUUUAGCUGGCAAAAUAUAAUAACAAUAACAAAAGUCACUUAAAAAAAAAACGAAAACCACACCAUUUGCUGCGUGUUUCUGCAAAAAGUGAUUUUUCGAAAAUACAUUUUUUUAAUUUUAUUAUUAAAAAAAAAAAUUUAAUUAAAAAAAAAUAUUUGUAAAAUUUUAAUAUUUCCAAAACACCCAAUUUAUAUUACUCAAUAACUAGUGUGUGUGUGUGUAUUUUCACUUUGUGCACGCGUCCACUAAAAAGCCGUCAAAAUUCUUGAUAAAGUGGCCUCGAUAGGCGCCAACACGCUUAACUUCACCGAUUUAGGGAGCCCCUAUGAGGGGCCUCCCAGCACACCACAAUCCGGCAUGGAUGCACCCGAUGCACCGCACACACCCAAAUAUAUGGAUGGCGGUACAACAACAACGGGCACACCAGGCGCACAAAUACCGGGCAAAUCGGCAUUUGUGGAGCUGCAACAGCAUGCCGCCGCUGGUUACGGCGGCAUACGCGGUGGUUAUCAACAUUUCGGACCACAAGGUGGACAAGAUUCUGGAUUUCCAAGUCCACGCAGCGGCUUAGGUUACCCAUUCCCGCCUAUGCAUCAAAACUCAUAUUCCGGCUAUCAUCUAGGCAGCUAUGCGCCGCCCUGUUCGAGUCCACCAAAGGAUGAUUUUUCCAUAUCCGAUAAAUGCGAAGAUUCGGGUUUACGCGUCAAUGGCAAAGGCAAGAAAAUGCGCAAACCGCGCACUAUAUACAGUUCAUUGCAAUUACAACAAUUAAAUCGACGAUUCCAGCGUACGCAGUAUUUAGCGCUGCCAGAGCGAGCCGAAUUAGCGGCGAGUCUGGGCCUCACGCAAACACAGGUGAAAAUCUGGUUCCAGAAUCGACGCUCGAAGUACAAAAAAAUGAUGAAAGCUGCACAAGCGCCUGGUACCGGCGGCAUGCCAUUGGGUGGUGGUGGUCCCAAUCCUGGUCAACAUAGUCCAAAUCAAAAUAUGCACAGUGUUUAUCUCAAAAUCAUUGCAGGCGGUAAUAACGGCGGUGGCUCCAAUAGCGGCUCACCAUCACAUUAUCUACCUCCCGGACAUAGUCCGACGCCAUCAAGUACGCCUGUGUCCGAGUUAUCACCUGAAUUCCCUCCAACGGGUCUUAGUCCGCCUACGCAAGCGCCAUGGGAUCAGAAGCCACAUUGGAUCGAUCACAAACCACCGCAAAUGACGCCGCAACCACCUCAUCCAGCGCCACCACAUCCGCAAUCGCAUCACCACAAUCCGCCACCGCAAAUGAGCGGCUAUGUACCGCCACAAUAUUGGUACCAGCCAGAAACGAAUCCUUCGUUACUAACUGUUCCCUCUCAUACMAAUUACAGGGUCUGGCCAGCGGUUUAACACCACCACCACCAACAGCAACAACAACAAUACAUACACCAAACCGAUCCUAUUUUCGUAGAUAAUUCCAAUGCGUAUAUUUAAUGAAAAAUAAAAAACAGUAAACAAAAAUGUUGUACACAAAGAAGGUAAUUUAAAAUUUAUCUAAUUAAAAAUAAAAAUUAUUUUAAAA